AUGGGUAGGACCGUGGCCAAAUCUGCGAGGGGAAGAUCUCUGACCCCAAGGGGGAAGAGAUCAACCGGGGGGGAUAAAGAAGAGGUGAUAAAUGUGGAAGAGGGAGAGAAGACGGUGAUUAGCCGAUCGGAGUCUCUCUACUUUUCCGACGGAGACUCGGACGGGUCAGUCUGGCUCCCAGACGUUGAGUUAGGCAGGAAGCGGGGCCAAGCCCCUAAGAGGAAAGCGUCGGAGGAUGUUGAGGAGGCUGAAAGGGCCUCCAACAAGCUUUCCUCCGUCACGAGAGGCCGGGCUGCUCGUCGGGGCUCUUAUGCUGGAACGGCUGAGGCAAGGGAGAGGCUCCGCGAUCUUUCGGCGGACUAUGCCCAGUUUGAGCGUGAGUUGGAGAGAGCUGGCACCAGCAGCUAUUUGAAGGGCAUGGAGCAGACCAAUAAGAGGUGCCUGGUGGAUGAACACCUCGAGGUAGUGAGGGCGGCUGCCCAAAGAGUGUUGGCGGAGGCCGGAAAAUCCGGCAACUUAAAGGGAACGGCAUGGCGGGCCAUGAAUGAGGCCUGCCAUGAUAUUAUUGUGGCGGCCGGAAAAAUAGAGGCCCAAUGUGAGGAGUCGGAGGCUGUCCGCAUCCUAAGAGCGGACAACAAGAGGAUGCGGGAGCAGCUUUCGCUCCUCCAACAGGAGACAAAGGCCCUCCGCACGGCCUUUGCGGAACGUGUGCCUCCGACGCCGACUGAGGCCCAAACACCGGUGGGUGCCCCCUCGCUGGAGGAUAUCAGAGGACUCCUUUCCGAAUGGAAGGAGUCCUUUGAGAGGAACAUGUUCCUCAAGCUGGGGGGCAUGGUGAAUGACCGCCUCAAGGAGGCGGAGAAGAGAGGCAUCCUGGCCCCGGAACCAAUCGUUCGGCCGCCUCUCGCGGCUGACGAGAGGAGGAAGGAGGCUGAAGCACCGGCCCCAGGAACGGGACGAAGCUACGCCGGUGCAGUUGCGGGGGCUACCCUCAUGCCCCCAGCGCGACCUGGGCCUGCACCCAAAGCCGCCCCGGCUAAAAAGCAGCCCAAACAGGGGACGGUACAGGCCCAGGCACCUGCCGUUGUACCUCCGCCUCAAGAAGGUGAACAGGGGUGGGCUGAGGUGGUUAGGAAGGGGAAAAAGAAGGGGAACAAACCAUCCCCUUCUGCCCAGCCUGAGCCUACCCCAGAGAAGGCCCCCAAGGCGAGCGCACAGCCGCCUAAAAAGAUCAGGUUUGCCUCACCUAAGACUUCGGCGGUGGUGGUGACCCUCAAGCCGGAGUCCAAAUUGGAUUACCGCGCGGUGAUAACGAGGGCCACCACCAUUGACCUCUCGUCGAUAGGGGUGGACCAUGUGUCGGCUGUGCGAGGCACGGCAACGGGGGCCCGUAUCAUUGAGAUACCCGGAGCUAACAGCGGGGCUGCAGCGGACAGCCUCGCAGAGAAGCUCCGGGAGAUCAUUGGUGGAGAGGCGGAGGUGACGAGGCCGUUUAAAGCGGCACAAAUCAGGGUCUCUGGCCUUGAUGAGGGUAUAACGCCGGAGGCCCUGACAGAGGCCACAGCGAGGGCGGGGAAAUGUCUGCCGGGACAAGUCAGGGUGGGGAACAUUCGCAUGGCGCCGGAUAUGACGGCGUCGGUGAUCAUCACCUGCCCUGUGGCGGCUGCCAACGCCCUGAUAGACGAGGGGCGUCUUCUAGUCGGUUGGACGGCCGCCAAGGUCAGGGGGCUGGAGGCCUUGCCCAUGCGGUGCUUCCGGUGCAUGGGCAUAGGCCAUACCAGAGCCCUCUGCCCGUCCCCGGUGGACAGGUCAGAAUUAUGCCAUCGCUGUGGCAAAGCGGGGCACAUCUCGUCCGCGUGCGAGGCCAGUGAACCCUGGUGCGCGGUGUGUUUUGCGCACAAGCUGGCCGCCAAACAUGUUAUGGGCGGCCCCUCGUGUAAUCCCCCGCGCACACGGGGCAAACUGGCCCCCUCAAACAAGGGAACCCCUGAGGGCACCACGAUGGAGCACUAA